CGGGACAGCCACCUCACCCGCCGGUGGGGCCUGCGCAGGCGCACCUGGAGCUUGGGCAGAAGAAGCCUGGCGGCUCCUGGCUGCACCUGUGGUCCACCCCGACCGACCCACCGACCGACCCGACCGUUGGGCUCGCGGGCGCGCGGGGGAAGCGCACGACGCACACGCACUUGUUCCGCGGCCCCCGCGAGGAAAGAGCUCGGGAGACCAAAGUGUGUGACCGGAGCGGGCGCGGUCAUGCGUGACGCUGGCGGUUACAAAGGCCGGCAGGCGGGAAGCACGGGCCCGCUCCGGGGUAGGCUCUGGGGGGCGGCGGUGGCGGGGGAGGAGGAGAAGCAGAGCUACGAGUAUGGCUCCACGAGGUACCUGCUGCUGUGCGGCCUGGGCGGCAUGCUGAGCUGCGGGCUGACGCACACGGCCAUCGUGCCCCUGGACCUGGUCAAGUGCUGCAUGCAGGCGGACCCCGGCAAGUACAAGGGCAUCCUCAGCGGCUUCAGUGCGACGGUGCGCGAGGACGGGCUGCGCGGCCUGGCCCGAGGCUGGGCCCCGACCCUCCUGGGGUACUCCCUGCAGGGCCUGUUCAAGUUCGGGCUCUACGAGGUCUUCAAGAUCCGCUACAGCGAGCUGCUGGGCCCGGAGGGGGCGUACGAGUGGAGAACCAGCCUGUACCUGGCCGCGUCCGCCAGCGCCGAGUUCUUUGCCGAUGUGGCGCUGGCCCCCAUGGAGGCGGUGAAGGUGCGCAUGCAGACGCAGCCCGGCUUCGCCCGCAUGCUGCGCGCCGCCGCCCCGCGGAUGUUCGCGGAGGAGGGCCUGUGGGCCUUCUACAAGGGCGUGGCGCCGCUGUGGCUGCGGCAGAUCCCCUACACCAUGAUGAAGUUCGCCUGCUUCGAGCGCACGGUGGAGGCUCUCUACAAGUAUGUGGUCCCCAAGCCCCAAUGCCAGUGCACCAAGGCCGAGCAGCUAGCCGUCACCUUCGUGGCCGGCUACAUCGCCGGCAUCUUCUGUGCCGUUGGGUCCCACCCUGCCGACUCCGUCGUGUCCGUUUUGAACAAGGAGAAGGGCAGCACGGCCUUCGAGGUUCUGCGCAGACUGGGCUUUAAGGGUGUCUGGAAGGGCCUCUUCGCCCGCAUUGAUGAGGGAGCAGGAGGCUGGUUCUGGGACUUCAUCAGCAUCAUCAUGAUCGGCACCCUGACAGCGCUGCAGUGGUUCAUCUAUGACUCGGUCAAGGUCUAUUUCAAGCUGCCUCGCCCUCCAGCCGCCCAAGCGCCCCCAACCCAGAAGCAGCAGGAGUAG